AUGGCGCAAGAGGAUGCAUCUCUGCUCGGGCCACGACCCUCGACCGCCGCCGAUCGCCACACCACCAAGAGACCACAGCUUGUUCCAGAUAGUUGGUCGGGCGUCUCCCCAAGCUUCAACUACUUUAUUGGGCUUGAGCCAUUUGCUCCUUCAAACCAGAGAAACUUGUCCUACAUCCGAGGCUGGGUAGAAUCGUUUGACACAUUAUCGGCCAUCAUUGUUGCGCUCCCCAUUGGGCGCAUCACUGAUCAUCGAGGUCAACAGGGUGUGUUCAUGGUUGUUAUGGCGGGCAUCCUGAUGAGCCUCACUUGGAGUCUCAUAGUUCGUGAGAAUUCAACUACAAACGCUCUCAUUGGCGAAGUCGCUCUUAUUAACCUGAUCUUAUUCUUUUUCACGAUGCCUAUUUUGUUACGCAUCCCUGUCGCUGCUCUUCCUGGAGUCACUACCACAAAUUCGGCCUCUCUGAUUGCGGCAACGACGAUCUGCGGUCUCGGAUUUGGUGCCCGCUCGACACAGUUAUCACCCGUCACCUCAUGGAUUGACCCUCAACGCGCCGGCCCCCUUUUCAGCGCCGUCUUUCUCGUCGAGCAUAUUGGUAUGCUCGGGGGAGAACCACUCGUGCAGAAUGAGCUUGGGGUUUCUCUUGGGCUACAAGAUCCUUGGAAAGGCUUGCCGUUGAUACGUACUGCAAAGGUUUGCGAAAAGUCUUACAAUUUUAAACUGUUAUCCUCUGAGCCACUUGGGACAACAUCUACGAUAACCACAGGGGAGCUUAUCAGAUUCUUCGUUCUGAUCUAA